AUGGGCUCGGCGCUGGGCGGCGGUGCGGGCCGGGCGGCGGCGGGGGAGCAGCCGGGCCCGGGGCAGCCGCCCGCCCCCUCCUUCGAGUGCGCCGUCUGCCUGGAGGUGCUGCACCGCCCCGUGCGGACGCCCUGCGGACAUGUAUUCUGUCAUUCCUGUAUUUCUGCAAGUUUAAAGAGUAAUGCGUGGACGUGCCCUUACUGCCGCGCUUAUCUUCCUUCUGAAGGAAUUCCAGCCACUGAUAUUGCCAAGAAGAUGGAAAGCACAUACCAAAAUUGCACAGAAUGCCAAACACAGGUGUGUCUGAGUGAAAUGAGAGCUCAUUUAAGAACUUGUGAAAAAUAUAUAGAAAAUUAUGGACCUGUACAGGAGCUUGGAGAUGCUGUAACAAGAUAUUCCUGUCCUUAUUGCCAGUGUGAAGUAGAUGAGGAUGAGCUAAUGGACCACUGUUUCACUUACCACAGAUCGGAAAGGAGAGCAGUGUGUUGUCCAAUUUGCUGUUUAACACCUGGGAGAGAUCCAAGCUAUUUCAGCAGAAAUUUUAUAAGGCAUCUUCAACUCAGACAUACACUCCAUUAUGAAGACUACGUAGACAUAGACACUGUUGGAGAAGUUCUUGUUGAAAGAGUUCUGGAUGGGUCAUUCUUAGAAUAUGUGCAUGUGAGUCAUCCAAACAGUGCGUAAGGACUACUGCAAAAGAGUGGAAGAAUGUGUUCUGUAGAUAAACAUGGUCAUUAAAAUUUAGCCUUUUGCAAUUAAUGGAGUGUUAGUAACUUGCGUGGACCUUAAAAUGUUGGCGGGUAUUUUCUU